UGGGUCGGGUUGGUCCCGGCUCUCUGGCCAGGAUCCGCGCAGCACGCGGCUCGCCUGCUAGGCCCCUUGAGGUGCUGGAGCUUGGACGCUCUGCCCAGCAGGAACAGGGAGACGGGGACAAAUGGCUUCCCCUCGGCUCAGCCCAUAGGCGCGUUCAUUUCAGAAUGGCUGUGGAGGAACUUCAGAGCAUAAUAAAAAGAUGUCAAAUCCUAGAGGAGCAUGAUUUUAAAGAAGAGGAUUUUGGCCUCUUCCAGUUAGCAGGCCAAAGAUGCAUCGAGGACGGGCAUGUAGACCAGCUGCUGGAAAUUAUUCAAGAGGAAAAGAACAAGUCAGGCAGCACCAAGAGUUCUCUAGACGACUGUGUCUACUCCGCCAUGCUUUGCAGACCGUCAUCAAGUCCAUGGGCUGGAAUCUUGUUGGUCCUGUUGUCCGCUGCCUCCUGAGGAACGGGGAAGAGGAUGAAAGGAAGGACUGUUUGCUGGUGUUUGACUUACUAGUGAAGUUAUGUAACCCAAAGGAAUUGUUGUUGGGUUUGCUUGAACUCAUUGAAGAGCCCUCUGGAAAACAGAUUUCCCAAACUAUUCUUCUUUUACUUCAGCCACUACAGACAGUUAUUCAGAAGCUCCCCAACAAGGUGUACUCGGUUGGGUUGGCAUUGUCCACCCUUUGGAGUCAACUGUCUCUUCUCCCUGUGCCGUACUCUAAGGAACAAAUACAGACAGAUGAUUAUGGCCUUUGUCAGUGCUGCGAGGCCUUAACAGAGUUCAUGAGACCUUUUGUGGAAGAAGCGACUGAAAACAAAGAAAACAAGGAAAAUGAAAAGUUAAAAGAUGAAUUACUAAAAUUCUGUUGCAAGUGCUUGAAGUGCCCUUUGCUGACAGCGCAAUUCCUUAAACAGUCUGAAGAAGUUGGAAAGGACCCUUUUUGGAGUUUUGCAUCUGAAAUAAUAGGAUUUUUAUCAGAAAUUGGACACCCUGUCCCCCAAAUUAUUCUUAAUCAUGGAAGGAAAAAAAGGACAUGGGGUUGCCUUGAGUUGGAGGAAGAAGAAGACAGACAGUUGGCAGACUCUGUGGCCUCUCUGACAUACCUAGUAUUUGUUCAGGGCAUCGGUAUUGAUCAGCUUCCAAUGGUCUUAAGCCCGUUGCACCUUUUGCAGCUGAACAUGGAACACAUCGAAGUGCUUCUGCAAAGAACAGAACAGUCUGUUUUCUCAAAAGGAUUGGAACUUUUGGAGAACAGCUUACUGAGAUUAGAAGACAACAGCCUACUCCAUCGGUACUUAGAAAUCAAGAGUUUUCUCGCUGUGCCUCAGGGCUUAGUCAAAGUAAUGACACUUUGCCCCGUUGAGACAUUGAGGAAAAAGGGCUUGGCUUUGCUCCAGCUGUACAUCGACAAGUUGGAUUCACAAGGCAAACACACACUAUUUAGGUGCUUAUUAAAUACAAGUAAUCACUCCGGUGUGGAAGGCUUCGUAAUUCAAAAUAUCAAAAAUCAGAUUGAUGCGUCAUUUAAGAAAACAUCUAACAAAUGGUUUGCAGGCCCUCAGCUGAUUUCGCUGUUGGACUUGGUACUGUCCCUCCCCGAGGGUGCUGAAACAGACUUACUACAGAACUCAGAUAGGAUUAUGGCUUCAUUAAAUUUAUUGAGGUAUUUGGUUAUCAAAGAUAAUGAAAAUGACAACCAAACUGGAUUAUGGACAGAACUUGGAAAGAUUGAAAAUAAUUUUUUAAAGCCACUUCAUAUAGGACUUAAUAUGUCAAAAGCACAUUAUGAAGCAGAAAUUAAAAACAGCCAACGAAACAGCCAAGCAGCCUCGACGUGCAAAGGCGUCUGCUCUGUGACUGUAGGUGGAGAAGAAAUCCCUGCUAUGCCUCCUGAAAUGCAACUUAAGGUAACUCCCAAAAUUUUAAGCUACAUCCAGUCUGAGGUCUGUUCUAUGCUUUGCUUUAGAAACCGCGUUAAUAACACAGAUUCUGCUGGGUGUGGGGACGUGGACCUGGAACCCCGCUGACACAGAAGGAUUGCCAGUUGGAGGCCAGUCUGGGCUCCUUCACGAGACCCUCUCCCAAAAAGACUAGUAAUGACCAUAGUAAUGUUCUUUUCUUGGU